UCUUUAAUGCGGGACUUUUUGUCUGCUCAGAGAGAACUCAGUUUUUAUUUUAUUUUUUUUUAUUUUGCGGUUCCUUCGAUUGCACUGAUUCAAACAAUUCUCUUUCUUUCUUCUCUCAGUUCUCUGUAUCACCCAAUACCCACCAAGGGAAAAAACAAAAACCACAAGUUAAGGAGAGUUUAAAGCGAGCGAAAAUUCAAGAAUCCAAGUGAACAUAACACGUACCAUCCCCCUCCCCUGAAAUAUAUUUAAACUUUUGAUUUGAUUGAUCUAUAGAUCUAACCCUUUUAUACCCACAUGUACCUCUCUGUUUCUUUUGGAUCUCCAUCCUUUUCAUCUGCUGUAAUUUAGUAGCUCACCAGAAACCGCGCAGAUAAGCUUACUUUGUAUUGAGGGGAGACUGGUGGGGUUUAUUGGACGGAGUAGUAUUGCAUCCAAUUUUGGAUGUGGAGGAAUCGGUGGCUGGCCCCGGUGAGAUGAGGGAUGUUAUCAAGGUUGAUGAACUUUUUGAGGGCCUGCUGGCGGCCGUCCUCAGAACGUUAUGUCCACGCGAAUUCGGAUGCAGCAGGCCGGCAAGAUGGGCUGCUUUGGUAUAAAGACACUGGGCAGCACUUGCAUGGUGAAUUCUCUAUGGCUGUUCUUCAGGCCAAUAAUUUGCUCGAGGAUCAGAGCCAGCUUGAGUCUGGUCCCUUGAGCACUUUUGAGUCUGGCCCUUAUGGCACCUUUGUUGGUGUAUAUGAUGGUCAUGGAGGGCCAGAGACAUCGCGUUACAUUAAUGAUCAUCUGUUUCAGCACCUAAAAAGGUUCACCUCAGAACAUCAAUCUAUGUCUGUAGAUGUGAUUAAGAAAGCAUAUCAAGCAACUGAAGAGGGGUUUCUUUCUCUUGUCACUAAACAGUGGCCCAUGAAGCCUCAGAUUGCAGCAGUUGGAUCUUGUUGUCUGGUGGGUAUCAUUUGUGAGGGUACCCUCUACAUUGCUAACCUUGGUGAUUCACGGGCUGUCCUUGGUAGGCUUGUCAAAGCAACUGGGAAAGUUCUUGCCAUCCAGCUGUCAUCAGAGCAUAAUGUGGCGAUAGAGUCUGUCAGAGAGGAGAUGCAUUCUAUGCAUCCAGAUGAUUCGCAGAUUGUGGUUUUGAAACAUAAUGUAUGGCGUGUGAAGGGCCUGAUACAGGUUUCUAGAUCCAUUGGUGAUGUAUAUCUAAAGAAGGCUGAAUUUAACAGAGAGCCCUUGUAUGCGAAGUUCCGCCUUCGUGAACCUUUUAACAGGCCAAUUUUAAGCUCUGAACCAUCAAUUUCUGUGCACGAACUACAACCUCAUGAUCAAUUUCUCAUAUUUGCUUCUGAUGGGCUUUGGGAGCACCUCAGCAAUCAAGAUGCUGUUGAUAUAGUUCAAAAUCACCCACGUAAUGGAAUUGCUAGGAGGCUUGUGAAGGCUGCCCUGCAGGAAGCUGCUAAAAAGAGAGAAAUGAGAUACUCAGAUUUGAAGAAAAUAGACCGUGGUGUCCGCCGCCAUUUCCACGAUGAUAUCACUGUUAUAGUAGUAUUUCUUGACUCAAAUCUUGUGAGCAGAGCCAGCUCAGUCAAAGGGCCUUCCAUAUCUGUGAGAGGGGGUGGAGUUAACCUGCCCACAAAAACCCUAGCUCUCUGUGGCACACCAAUGGAAACUUAGUAGCACCUGAUGUAGCUGGCAUUUGAUAAUAUUUUCCUACGUGCAGGAUCCUCGUAGAAUUUCCUUGGUAUUAGCUGCCACUAAGAGUGAAAGAGCAAGAAAGGAGAGGGUGCUGCCCUUUGAUUAAUUUUUUAAUUUACAAUGUAAAAUUUUUACUUCAGACGUGUAUUUUAUUAGUUCAUGACCACAUGAGCUGAAAGGAAAGGGAAAAAGAGAGCUGCAAUGCAGAGAAGAUGCUAAAGGUUGGUUUUCUUUAGGAAAAUUUUCUUGAUGCAUUCGUUUAACUCUCUUUUUCCCACCCUCACUUGGAGGUUUUGCUUUUUGUAAAUUAUGUGAAACAGAUUCCCCUUGAAAUCAAAGUUUAUGUACCUGUUGUGCUUCCAUAGUA